CAGUAGAUUUUUGGGGCAGUCGACUAGAAAUUCUGAAAGGACCUAAAUAGUCGCAGAUGGCGUUGUUACAACGCACAGACAUAUUACCAGACCUUGAUAUUGAACCCUUCAUUGUUAUCGUUUCGCUUCACGUUUACAUAUAUUCUCACUUUUAGAAACAAGACGAGGUUUUUUAGAUAAGACUAAUAAUGGACGCCCUGCAAAGGAGGAUGAUUCAGGAGGAUAUGGUUGAGUACAAACUUUUCUUGCUCCAGCCUCACGGUUCAGAUUUUCAAAGGACUGAAGAACGCCUUCAAUAUCUGAUAGAAGAGAUCUUGGCAAAAGUUGCCCCUCUUUUAACACAAUACAUCUGGCAGCAUCAAUCAUUCAACCUGAAGUAUUAUCCUGAGAAAGGAGAUUUUCCUGCUCACAUUGGGGGGAGCACUCAGUUUGGAGACAAUGUUGAGGACGAAUGGUUUAUUGUCUACCUCCUGCAGCAAAUCACUGAGGUUUUUCCAGAUCUUGCAGCAAGAGUUGAGGACAAUGAUGGGGAGUUUCUUCUCAUUGAAGCAGCAGAUUAUCUUCCCAAGUGGCUGAAUCCAGACACCAGUGAAAAUAGAGUCUUUCUGUACAGGGGAGAGCUGCACAUCUUGCCCUGUCCCUCCAAAUCCAGUGCAGAGGGUUUCCCUUAUGAUGUGGUACCCAGUGUAGUGCAAGCUCUGGCACUACUUUCUACUCAACCAGAAGCAUGCAGGCCAAACUCCAAGAUAUGUUCAGCCGUGAGGAAACGGCUACAAGGGUACCCAGAGAAGAUUAAAAGUGGUCUCCAUCGUGCCCACUGCUUCAUACCUGCAGGUAUUGCCACUGUGUUGGCACAGCGACCAGAUCUGGUUGCACCUGCAGUUUCAGCUUUCUACCUGCGGGAUCCUGUGGAUCUGCAGGCCUGUCGGAGCUUCAAGACCUUUCCUCCUGAAACAAGAGUCCUCACCUUGGUGACAUUCACCCGCUGCCUGUAUGCCCAGCUGCAGCAACAGCAAUUCACUCCAGACCGAAGAAGCGGAUUUAACCUGCCUCCUCACUCUCAUCCACAGUACAAGGCUCAGGAGCUUGGCAUGAAGCUGGCGCAUGGCUUUGAGAUCCUGUGCUCUAAAUGUAGAUUGCCAUCUUCAGAGCCUAAUGCACCAGUCAGUUGCAAUCCUCAGUGGAAAGGCUUUUUGGAAAGUCUUGAAAGAAAUGGCUACUUCCGGGGAGAAUUGGAAGGUUCGGUCCUUUACAAAGAACUUUCAAGGUCUGCAGAAAAUUUCUUCAAACUCUCUGUUGCCUCAAAAUCCAGCAUUCUGUCCCCGGGGGAGGAGGUUCUCCAGGUGCUGCACAGCUGCAGUCCAUUCAACUUGGAGGAGAUGAAGAAACUCGAGUCACAGCUCCCCCAAGAGGACAGUGACAGCUGGCUGGAUCUCACAGCUCAGGAUCUGGAGGAGCUGCUGCAGGAAAGAAGCUGUAGCGGAGCUGAUGUUAGCAGCAAAAAAUCCUGCUCCACUAAACAGACACAGAACAUUAGGGAUGCAGAGGAGAGAGGAAAGGAUAAGGAAGACAACAAGGAGGAAGAGGAGGCUGGUUACAGCCUGGUAGCAGUCAGUCAAGGACUGAAGAAUUUCCUUAAUGCCAUGUCGUCUCAUGAGGGGGCUGAACUUCCUUGGAGCAGUGCAACUCAGCCUUUUAGUUUUGACCCAGACUCUGUGACCAACUCCCUGGACAGACUACUGGGAAGCAAAGAUGAAGAGCUAGAUUCAGACGAUCUGGAAGAUGAAGAUUUUGAUGGAGAAGAUGACGAAGAAGUGGAAAAAAAAGAGGAGGGUUCCUCUAAUCAGGCAGAUAUGAGUGGGACAGAAACUCUGGACAGCCUCAAAAGAUACAUGGACCAAAUGGAUCAGGAGCUGAUGAGCACGAAUGUAGGACAAAGCUUCAGUCAAAGGAAUUACAACAAGACGAGCUUGGACAACGGCUCCUCUCAUUCAUCUACUGGAGACGGUCUCUCGAGGGAGGAUGGAGGAGUGGAAGAGACAGAAGAAGAGGAGAUCCAGCCUUUAGAUGUGGAUGUCAAUUUAGUCGCAAACCUGUUGGAGUCUCUGAGCUGCCAGGCUGGGCUGGCCGGACCCGCUUCCAACCUGCUCCAGAGCCUGGGCAUACACCUCCCACCCAAUUCUGAUCCCUCAUAGAGGACAAGAGGAAGUGAGUUUAAUGAGGUGAUAAAUGACAGGCAGCCAUGUCCAGCUGAUAACUGCCUUUAUUACAUAGAGCUGCAUGAAUUUCACAUUCAAACUCUGUAUUUAAAAUUGUAUAUUGAAGACAUUUCCUGUAACACAGCUUCAAAAAUAUAUUAAGAUGUUAUAAAAUCUGAAGUGUUUACUGUUGAGAUAAAAUAUAGCACUGAAAACAAAAGGAAA